AUGAGAAGUUCCAAGCCGUUGCUGCUGAGCAACAAGGCAGAGGCACGACAAGUGCUGGGGGAGGCCAUAACCAAAGUCUCGGAGCUGGCGAUGCAGUUGGAGGACGCCAUCCUGGCGGCCUUCGACGCGGGUCUCGAGGAGGACGAGCUUCUGCCGGCCUUUGCGCGCCUCGAGGAGCUUCGGCGGGGCGUGGCCUGUUGCUAG